AUGUCUGACUCAAUCGCAUCCAUGAGUCUUACCCGCAGUAAUCAAGCCUCCACUUCGAUUCUUCGUCAACCAUCCAACAAACACACGUUGAUGAAAUUCCCAGCCGAGAUCCGACAGAUGAUCUUCAAGCAUCUAUUCGACUCCACCCGCUUGACCUUUGGGUAUCGUCAAAUAAAAUACGGAUUCCGCAAGGUGCUACCUUCACGCAAUGCACUUGCGAUUCUUCGAGUGUGUCGUCAAAUCUACCAAGAGGCCGAUCACCUUUGGCUUAGUCGGGUUUUAUUCAAUUUUGAAGAUGGUAUGACUCUGAUAGACAAGUUAUCUUCCUUACCAAUAUCUACCCUCGAACAAAUCCGUCACGUCCGCACUCGUAUGCUACAAGAUGAACCAGAAAUACCAGCUGGAAUCACAGAAGAACUUGCUCAUGGUCUUCGGUUGUUGCCAGGUCUGAAGCUCGAUACGCUAUCACUUGUAUCGCCCUGGAGACUCAACAGGUCCGAUUAUUUUGGUUCUCCGGACAUCAACCGAUUCCUCAGAACCAAAUUCCCCUGCAAGGAACUUCAUCUGAUCACUCCUGGCUCGCCAUUUCACGAGACCGAUAAAUGGACUCAUGAGCAAGCAUCGGGGGCAUUUGAAGAUAAGAUCGAUGCUUGGGCCAAUACUCUGACAGAGGCAGGCGAUGCAGCUCCCCAAGUUACCAUCGCUGUCUUUCAAUCAACCGAACUCAACAGCGAUCUAACCGGCACUGUCUACAAUGAUUCCGCCCGACAAGUACUCGAAGAAACAGUAAUUUCACCCGCAGCUAUCAAAAGCAAACUUGUGAAAUUUGGCAAGACGUUGCAUUCCACCGCUGAAACCUUAGUCAUCUUCAAGGACGUAUCGGCUUCUCCUACCAUCCCCGAUGCAGUCAUGACGGAAGUGGACGAAGUCAGUGUCGUUGAGAUUGCUGACUCGGAGGCUGAUGGUGAUGAGGACGAACUAAUUACGAGAACCUGGGUAGGCGAUGUCAGAGACGAGUAUCUUUUCGGCCGAGAAAAUGAUGACCUCGAAAAUAUGACUACCGGAGAGCUCUUCUCCUGGCCUCAUGAGAUGAGAGCUGCCUAUAUCAUCUUUGACAAAUACAAAAACGUCGAUGAUGUUAUUUGGCCUGGAAAGAACCUUGAUCAGGCAUGGGAAGGAGCUCGAAUUCAAUAG